AACAUGAAUCCCAAGUCAAUCAAACCAAUUCUUUCUGUACAUAUCCAUACCUUAAGCUUUUAGAACUUGCAAAAAUGGCUACUGCACCAGCCCUAAAUAGAUCAGAGUCCAUAGCUGAUAGCAUGCCAGAGGCCUUAAGGCAAAGCCGGUACCACAUGAAGAAAUGUUUUGCCAAGUACAUAGAGCAAGGAAAGAGGAUGAUGAAACUUCAUAACUUGAUGGAUGAGUUGGAGAAAGUAAUUGAUGAUCCUGCUGAAAGGAACCAUGUUUUGGAAGGCUUACUUGGCUACAUAUUAUGCACUACAAUGGAGGCUGCAGUUGUUCCUCCCUACAUUGCCUUUGCCACGAGACAGAAUCCUGGAUUCUGGGAAUAUGUGAAAGUGAAUGCUAAUGAUCUUUCUGUUGAGGGUAUUACAGCUACAGAAUACUUGAAAUUCAAGGAAAUGAUAGUUGAUGAAUGCUGGGCAAAAGAUGAAUAUGCACUGGAAAUUGAUUUUGGAGCAGUAGACUUCUCAACGCCUCGACUGACCCUAUCCUCUUCAAUUGGCAAUGGUCUCAGUUAUGUUUCCAAGUUUCUAACUUCAAAGCUAAAUGCUACCUCCGCGAGUGCACAGUGUCUGGUUGACUACUUGCUCACUUUGAAUCAUCAAGGAGAUAAACUGAUGAUCAAUGAGACACUCAGCACUGUCUCAAAGCUUCAGGCUGCACUGGUUGUAGCAGAAGCAUCUAUUUCCUCUUUACCAACAGAUACACCAUAUGAGAGCUUUGAGCUAAGAUUCAAACAGUGGGGUUUUGAGAAAGGAUGGGGUGAUACAGCUGAAAGGGUCAGCGACACCAUGAGAACACUGUCUGAGGUGCUUCAGGCACCAGAUCCAUUGAACAUUCAGAAGUUCUUUGGAAGGGUUCCAACUGUUUUCAAUAUUGUAUUGUUCUCUGUCCAUGGAUACUUUGGCCAAGCAGAUGUUCUUGGCUUGCCAGACACUGGUGGUCAGGUAGUUUAUGUUUUGGAUCAAGUUGUAGCUUUUGAAGAAGAAAUGCUACAAAGAAUUAAACAGCAGGGGCUCAAUAUUAAGCCUCAAAUUCUUGUGUUAACCCGACUGAUUCCGGAUGCAAAAGGAACAAAGUGCAACCAGGAACUAGAACCAAUCAAGAAUACAAAACAUUCACACAUCCUCAGAGUUCCAUUUAGGACAGAAAAAGGAGUGCUUAAUCAAUGGGUUUCACGAUUUGAUAUCUAUCCAUAUCUGGAGAGAUAUACUCAGGUAUGUAUUUUUAUAUCAACCUUGCUCAUCAAAGAUGUGUUGUUUCCUCAAUUCCAUUUUUCCCCUUGGCAAAAGGAUGCUGCUGACAAAAUCGUCGAGCUAAUGGAAGGCAAACCUGAUCUAAUCAUUGGUAACUACACUGAUGGGAAUCUAGUGGCUUCACUAAUGGCUAGAAAACUUGGGAUAACUCUGGGAACUAUUGCUCAUGCUUUGGAGAAGACAAAAUAUGAAGACUCUGACAUAAAAUUGAAGGAACUCGAUCCGAAGUACCACUUCUCUUGCCAAUUCACAGCUGAUUUGAUUGCAAUGAAUUCAGCAGAUUUCAUUAUCACUAGCACAUACCAAGAAAUAGCUGGAAGCAAAGAUAAACCAGGACAGUAUGAGAGCCAUAGUGCAUUUACCCUUCCAGGGCUUUACAGAGUUGCUUCAGGUAUCAAUGUCUUUGAUCCAAAAUUUAAUAUUGCUGCACCUGGGGCAGACCAGUCGGUGUAUUUCCCUUACACAGAAAAGCAGAAGCGUUUGACUGCUUUCCGCCCUGCCAUUGAGGAACUGCUUUUUAGUAAAGUGGACAAUGACGAGCACGUUGGAUAUUUAGAAGACAGAAAGAAACCUAUCCUGUUUACCAUGGCAAGGCUGGACACAGUGAAGAACACAUCUGGACUAACAGAAUGGUAUGGCAAGAACAAGAGGCUCAGAAGCUUAGUUAACCUUGUUGUGGUUGGUGGUUCCUUUGAUCCUACAAAAUCCAAGGAUAGGGAAGAAGCAGCUGAAAUAAAAAAGAUGCACAUGCUGAUAGAGAAAUACCAGCUUAAGGGUCAGAUUAGAUGGAUAGCAGCUCAGACUGACAGAUACAGAAAUAGUGAACUCUACCGCACAAUAGCAGAUUCCAAAGGAGCUUUUGUGCAGCCUGCAUUGUAUGAAGCAUUUGGUCUAACAGUCAUUGAGGCAAUGAACUGUGGAUUACCAACCUUUGCUACCAACCAAGGUGGCCCUGCUGAGAUUAUUGUUGAUGGGGUCUCAGGCUUUCAUAUUGAUCCAAAUAAUGGGGAUGAAUCAAGCAACAAAAUUGCCAACUUUUUCCAAAAAUGCAGGGAGGAUCCUGAGUAUUGGAACAGGAUUUCAGUCCAGGGUCUAAACCGUAUAUAUGAAUGUUACACAUGGAAGAUCUAUGCAAACAAGGUAUUGAAUAUGGGGUCCAUCUAUACUUUUUGGAGGACAUUGUACAGAGAUCAGAAACAAGCAAAGCAAAGAUACAUCGAGACUUUCUACAAUCUUGAGUUUAGGAACUUGGUAAAAAAUGUGCCUAUCAGAAAGGACGAAACACCACAAGGACCAAAGGAGAGGGAGAAAGUUAAGCCACAGAUAUCACAAAGGCGCUCACAAUCAAGGUUGCAGAAGUUGUUUGGCGCUUGAAGGGUCCAAGAUGUGAAGGAUUACCAUUGUGGAAGGAAACAACAAAUAAAGAGAGUGUAAUUUUCAAGUGUGAUUUGUAAUUCAAUUUCAAGGCAGAAAAUAAAUGAAACCAGCAUUGAUGGUUUUUGUUUGCUUCCGAAAUCCAGUUUGAUUGCUUGAAUCUUUCAUUGAA